AUGGUUUGGGUUCAAUUCCCUGGAUUAAGUCUUGAAUAUUGGGAUGAAAAAACUCUUUUCACCAUUGGAAGAGCAAUUGGUAAUCCUAUUAAGGUUGAUGCAGCAACACUCCAAUAUCAGAGUAGUUUUUAUGCUAAAGUUCUUAUUGAAAUUGAUUUAGCAAAAACUAUUCCUAACAAGUUAUGGAUUAUCACCAGAUAUGGAGCUUUCUCUCAAGGGGUUACUUUAACUAAUCUACCAAAAUUCUGUACUAAAUGUAAGAUUGUUGGACAUCUUACUACUGAAUGUAGACUAAGCAAACCUGUUUCGCAAAGCUCUAUGGAUCAGAAUCCUACACUUUCACAUCAGCAAGAGCAUAAGGAUAAUGGUCCUGCUAAUAAUCAUAUCCCAGCAACUGUCACUCCAACUUUAAAUAUCAAUGAGAAGAAUCAAGGUAAUGUGCCACACAAUGCAGUUUCAAAGAAUCCUAGUUCAUCUGGUAGUAAAUCUCCUACAUCAAAUAAUACAAAUAUUUCAAGACUAUCUGGAAGUAACUCUUCUGCAUCAAAAAAUUUAGAAGAAACAAAUGUUGAAACUCCAUUUAUGGAGGUGUUAGGAGGUGCUUCUUCUACAAGUAAUCCUUCUGUGAAUAAUUAUUUAAUUCAAAUCAAUAGCAAUCAGUUUGAGGCACUACAAGAUAAUGACACUGAUUACUCUAGUUCUGAGGAUGGAGAGAUAAAGGAGGUUAGCACUUCAAAUUUAUUAGAAUUUGGCACUAUUUCACAACAUGUGACCAUUCUUAAAAAUGAUUCUGCAAAUAUCCAAUGUGCCUCUGAUUCUAUUAUUGUUACUAAAAAUGCUGCAACUAUGAAGAAGAAACCUCCUGCAAAUCCCCCUUUUAAAUGA